GAAUUUUGUCACCACGCCUCUGACCAGAGUCCUCGGUAGCCGGCACUCCAAGCCAACGGCUCUUCUCGCGGCAGUAGUGCUAUAGUCGCUUCAGUCCCCACUCCUUUACGCUGCAGCAGUAAAAGAUAGCUAAUUUGCCCUUUCCACCGGAGAGGAGCUUCAUGCUUAGACUACAUUCUAGGCUCCCAGCGUCAUCUGCUCACCACAUUCUCUUCGUCCCUUCUCGGCUCUCCCACCAACUCCCCGAUCCCACCCCAAAGAUCCAGUUUUGAUCCAAGAACCCCCUCCCAAUCAGCCAAAGAUCGCGGCUUAGGCCCCGGCAAUGGCCGCCAUCGCCGCGCUCCUGGCCCUCCUCGUGGUAGCCCUCUGCGCCGCGCGGGCCGACGCGGCGAUUGGGGUGAACUGGGGCACCUUGUCCUCGCACCGCGCGCCGCCGGCGGUGGUGGUGGGCCUGAUGCGCGCGAACCGGAUCGGCAAGGUGAAGCUCUUCGACGCCGACCCGGGCGUGCUGCGCGCGCUCGCCGGCAGCGGCAUCCAGGUCAUGGUCGGCGUCACCAACGCGGAGCUCGCCAGCCUCGCGGGGUCGCAGGCCGCCGCCGACGCCUGGGUCGCGCAGAACGUGUCGCGGUACGUCGGCCGCGGCGGCGUCGACAUCCGAUAUGUUGCUGUGGGCAAUGAGCCUUUCCUGACAAGCUACCAGGGUCAAUUCCAGUCAUAUAUUAUUCCAGCAAUGACAAACAUUCAGCAAUCACUGGUGAAAGCUAAUCUUGCUAGCUAUGUAAAGCUUGUAGUCCCAUGCAAUGCUGAUGCUUACCAGAGUGCUUCUGUCCCAUCGCAAGGAGUAUUCAGGACUGAACUCACUCAGAUCAUGACCCAGCUCGCUGCUUUUCUGAGUUCCAGUGGGGCUCCAUUUGUUGUCAAUAUAUACCCAUUCCUCAGUCUUUACCAAAGCUCCGACUUCCCACAAGAUUAUGCCUUCUUUGAGGGAUCUACUCACCCAGUAGUAGAUGGUCCAAACGUCUACUACAAUGCUUUUGAUGGGAACUUUGACACAUUAGUUUCUGCUCUUGGUAAAAUCGGCUAUGGACAACUCCCAGUCGCAAUUGGUGAAAUAGGUUGGCCAACUGAUGGAGCACCAAGUGCGAACUUAACUGCAGCAAGGGCAUUCAACCAAGGGCUUAUCAGUCAUAUUACAAGCAACAAAGGAACUCCACUCCGUCCUGGUAUUCCUCCAGCUGAUGUCUAUCUUUUCAGCCUUCUUGAUGAAGAGCAUAAGAGCAUACUACCAGGAAACUUCGAGCGACACUGGGGGAUCUUCUCCUUUGACGGACAAGCUAAGUACCCACUGAAUCUUGGGCUGGGCAAUUCAGUACUGAAGAAUGCUAAAGAGGUUCCUUACCUUCCAUCACGGUGGUGUGUCGCAAACCCUGCUCGGAAUCUUGACAGUGUUUCAGAUCACAUGAAGCUUGCUUGCAGCAUGGCUGAUUGCACCACUCUCUACUAUGGAGGUUCUUGCUAUGGCAUUGGGGAGAAGGGCAACAUUUCUUAUGCUUUCAACAGCUACUAUCAGCAGCAGAAGCAGGACCCAAAGAGUUGCGAUUUCGACGGGCUUGGGAUGAUAACUUACCUUGAUCCAUCUAUGGGCGAUUGCCGCUUUCUUGUUGGCGUUGAUGACAGUAAAAGCUCUGCAGUCGUCUCUUGCACUGGAUGCUGUGGGGUCUUUUGUGGGAUGUGGGUUUUAGCUCUCUGGGUGUUCAUGUACCUUAGAAUGAUGGGUUCGGCUUGAUGGCAAAACUGAUCUGUUGAUGCAUGAUACCCCUUAGAAUGAUGGGUUCGGCCUGAUGCCAAAACUGAUAUGUUGGGGCAUGAUACCUGUGCCCAUGUUAGAUAGAUUGUAUUGUUGGCUUCUAGAUCUAGGGAAGGAAGGCACUGUGGCCAUAUAUAGAUACUAGAUUAUUAUGAAAUUAAGAAACGACACACUCGAGUCAUAUAUAUGAUAUCGAAUUUGUUGUUAAAAACA